AUUUAUUUAUGUGUUGAUACUCUCUCGAGUAUGAUAUCCUGAUUUUCGAAUACUUUGGUCAAUUUUGCUCAAGUACAGAGGAAACCUUAGAUCUUCUGCAAAAUACUAUGGAGGAGGAUAAAGAUUUCAAAAAUAUUUGGAAAGUUUAUCGUCUUUAUCCCUCUGAGACGGAACGAGUCAGAUCAAAUACUUUUCCUGGAUCGCUGUCACUCAACGAGCAAUCGUUCGAAUAUGACACGAGCGACGAUUCGCAAACUUUAAUCAAACCAUACAGCAACGAAUUAUAUGGGAGUAAAGAAGAAUUAAGCGAGAGAUUCCAAGAUAAAAUGCGGAAAGUCAAGAAUGACUGCCCAAGUCCAUGGAUUUUACCACAUUACAAUCAUGGUAUUGAAAACUUGAACUGGAGCAUGCAAUGUAAUGAAGGAUCGUUCACAAGAAACACUACACCAAUGAAAGAUCAGUUGGAAAUUGAAGCAGAAUCAAUGAGUCAAUCAGAUACUGCACAUGAACCAGAAGAGACUGCUACAAAUAAAUUUGUUAUUUUUUCAAAGAAGACUAGUUUGCGUCCAAAAUUGAAAAUAAAAUCUGAGAAACAACAACCUGAAAAGAGGCACAGUUUGAAUUUUGUGAACGAAGACAAUAUGACACCUACAAAAAAAUGCAAGGAUUAUGAUGAUAUAUCAAACAAUCUUCGUCCAAUUACUCUGCGUAAUUUAUCUGCCAUUUCUGUUGCUGAUAAUUUCGAUAAACGCGAGAAUCCACAAUGUAAACAUCUGCUGAAAGCGAAAAAGAAUUUUACCUUAUACGAAUGUUUUAAGUUUGUACUAUUAAUUAUAUUCUUGACUUUUAUCUCAGUAAUAAUGUAUGAAAAUCUGGGAACUCACAAACACAGCACUGAUUUUGCAAAUGCCGUUGUUGAAUUGAAGAAGCAUGUUUAUGGUCAUUACGACUUGCAGAGACUCUGUGAAUAUCUUGAGAGUGAUGUACCUUUCUUCAAGGUGAUAGUCCUCUUUGGUGACACAGGUGUUGGUAAAUCAUACACGGCAAAUAUCAUAAGAGAGAAUUUCUCGAGAAAGUAUGCUAUUCGUUAUUAUUUCCCGCCAUUAAAAAAAGCCAUGAAGGAUAUUGACAUUCCUUUCUUAUAUCCGAAUCUAAUCAUUUUGGAAAAUUUGAAAUAUUAUGAUAUGAUGGAUGUCGUGAACUUUCUAAAGGCCCGUCAAGACAUAUAUAAUAAUCGCGUCAUGACUGUGCUGGCCAUUUUCAACUUCGAAAAUAGGUUUGACUAUACGUUGCAAAGAAAAAAUCAACCCAACGAUUCAGCUAUAAUACAAAAAGCCUUUUUCAACAAAAAUGUCGGAGUUAAAAUUUUUUUCUAUGAACCUUUGAAUGAGAAUGCCUUGAGGAAAUGCAUUAUAGAUGCAAUGAAAAAGAGCAAGUUGAUGCUCAACGAAACACAAUUUGAUUUUGUUAAAAAGAGACUGUUGUCAAAUGGAGCCGGUUGUAAAAGGGCCAACACGUAUAUUCAACGAAUCGGUAGGAUGUAACUUAGAUAUAAAAAUUGAUACAAUUUUCUUAAAAAGACGAAAAGACUGAAAUUCUUAUAUA